CAUUUCAUUUACCACAUAUCUAUAUCUCCUCUAUAAAAACUUAGAUCCGUUUCUUAGAGUGUCACCGGCGAUAAAAGAUAGCAAUGGCACCAAAACGAUGGUUGUAUGUAUCGUUAUUAGUAGUUCAACAUGAUAUGUUGGCUAAAACGAACAAAUCUACCAAAUCGGUCAGAAUAGCUUGCAGAUGUUUAAGGAGUCCCUUGGUGAGACGGUUAAGCGAGCUUCCAGUGGAGAAACAGACCAAAUACAUGAUGGACCAGAAGGAUCUCAUGAACAAGAUGAUCCAAGACGCAAAGAAGAAGUUGGAGAAGGAGAAGAUGCAUACUCGUGCAAUGAAACUUGGGUUAAUGGCUGCGUCUAAUGAUCUAAUCACCGAUACUGAUUGUUCGGAGGAACUGGCCAAAGCGGCCGAUGUGGUUGAUAAGAAGCACAAAGCCAUCAUAGAGAGAAUCAAGGCUGUAAAAGCAGGAGCACCAAUCCUUAAGAGAGAGUAGGAUGUUUUCAAAUAAUAUUUUAUCUUGUUUAUUUCAUGGUUUUUAAUUGUUUUCAGAUUAAGAUGGUUUGCUUUGGAUUGAUGAUGUUAAAAAUUAUGUUCUAUGAUUUGCUUGUGCACUCUUCAUCAGAAGGAUUAGGAUCGAAUGAUAUGAAUCUCUUUGGCCUUUGUGUGGUGUAAUAUGAUAUGUUCGGUUUAUGACCAGAUUUGUUUUAUAUUUUGGAAGA